ACCGGCAAGUGGUUUUAGCCUUAGGGUUUCACUGAUACCUAACAGAAAAUACAAAACGUCUACAUAGGUGAUAGGCCACAUAGCUCCCUCCUUCGCCAUUCCAUUUUACGUCCCGCCUUUUUCUCCUGCUACCCUUCCAUAUCUAGGGUUUCUUUUAUGGCGAACCAGAUUUACGGUUACAACCCUAGCUACGGAGGAACUGGUCUUUCUACCGUUUAUCCUUCAAGAUUAACUCCAGGAUCUGUUACAGAUCCUUAUCUAUCCGAUUCUUCUUUGGUUGGUUCCUCGAGAUACCUCAGUUCAGAUCAUCUAUCUACCACUGAUUCUUCCAAGUACUCUGUUAUUGAUCGAGGUUCAUCAAUGUUCUUGAACCAGAACGACGCGUUGAGAUUCUCGGGCAGCGACAUUGGUGGAAUUGGCGGGGCGGGAGGCUUCUCUACGAGCAGGAUUUCCGGCGGAAUCGGUACAGCGGCGGCGGCGUCGACGCCUCCUUUGUUGUCCCAGGCGACGUGGCCUGGUGUUGAUGUCGGGGCUGCUGUUGACCCGGUUGUUUCUGGCGUGAAGCGAUCGACUGAAGCUCUCUACCAUCAGAAUGUUCUGGGAACCCAUAACACUAUUGGACAAAGUGAGGCUUUAUUUUCCAUGAACUCUUUUGUCAAGCGCCCUAGGUUCGAAAGUGCAAGCAAUUUGCCUAUUUAUCCACAGAGACCAGGAGAGAAGGAUUGUGCCCACUAUAUGCUCACAAGAACCUGUAAGUUUGGAGAUAGCUGCAAGUUCGAUCAUCCUCUUUGGGUUCCUGAAGGUGGAAUCCCGGAUUGGAAAGAGGUUCCACUUAUUGCUACCAGUGAAUCUCUUCCUGAGAGACCUGGGGAGCCAGAUUGUCCUUAUUUUCUGAAGACUCAAAAAUGCAAGUUUGGUUUUAGGUGCAAAUUUAACCAUCCUAAAGAUAAAAUAGACUCUUUGGUUGGUUCUGAAGCUGUUGAGUUACCUGAAAGGCCAUCAGAACCAACAUGUGCUUUCUACAUGAAGACUGGAAAAUGUAAGUUUGGUGCAAGCUGCAAGUUCCAUCAUCCAAAGGAUAUCCAAAUACCAGUGUCUGGACAAGAAAAUGGUAAUGGAGAAGAAACUGAAACUGUGACCAUAAAUGAUGAAACAAUGGCAGCAGAUGUGAAUCUCAAGCCUUUUGUUCCAUUCACUCCAGCACUUUUACAUAAUUCCAAAGGACUACCAAUUAGACCGGGUGAAGUGGAUUGUCCAUUUUACCUCAAGACUGGAAGUUGCAAGUAUGGUGCCACUUGCCGCUACAAUCACCCUGACAGAAAUGCUAUUAAUCCACCAGUAGCAGCAGCACUGAGCCAUGCACUAAUCAGCUCUGCAGCGGCUAAUCUGAAUAUUGGAGUCAUUAAUCCUGCUGCCUCUCUUCUCCCAACUAUAGACCCCAGGAUUGCUCAGACAGCACUUGGACUAGGCCCGACUAUCUAUCCUCAACGACCUGGACAGAUUGAAUGUGAUUACUACAUGAAAACUGGGGAAUGUAAGUUUGGAGAGAGAUGCAAAUUUCACCAUCCCAUUGAUCGAUCAGCACCAAUGACAAAACAGGCCCAACAACAAAAUGUGAAGCUUACUCUUGCCGGUUUACCUAGGAGGGAGGGUGCAAUAAUCUGCCCUUUCUACAUGAAGACUGGUACUUGCAAGUAUGGUGUCACAUGCAGGUUUGACCACCCGCCACCAGGUGAGGCCAUAGCCAUGGCAACAGUGCAAGGAGCCUCCACAACUGUUGGUGAAGAGGAACAAAAAGAUGCGCAAAUGGUCCAGGAACAACAGUAAGGGUUCUCUUGCCUUGUUGGGAAAGAGUUGAGCUUAUGGUUUAACGUUUCAUUUGAUGCUCACUAUGAUCUGGAAUGUGUUCUCUCCAACACUUUUUAAGUAUUUAUUAAUUGGCAGCAAUUCUCAGGAUGUACUAGAUUUACAUGAAAAAAAGGAGAAUGAUGGAGAUGGUUCUCUCGUGUAUUAACUAUUCAAUUUUCCAAGUAGUAAUAGUACAUGCGAACCAUCUGCUAAACAUUACGCUCGGAGUGAAACGGAUAAUGUUAGUAAGAGCAUUCACCAAUUCUUUUGUUUGGGUCUUGUAAUUGAAACUCAAUAUCUUGAUUUGACUUUUGGAUAUAGGAGCUAUAGUGUCUA